GCUCUCUAAUUAGUGCGCGUGCUCUAGUGUAAAGGUGGAGGUUCGGCUCGUCGCUGCUGCGCGGCUCAGAAGAAACUUGUGCGAUUAAAACUUUGACAAACCUCGUUAAAUGUCUUCCACAUAGCCAGACAUAGUUAAAGUAUAUGCUGCUGAAGAAGUCUCCCAAUGUCUGACGAAGGCGAGGAAACCGACAACGGCGAGAGAGCCCGUCUCUCUGAGUCUCCCUCGCCGUCCCUGUCUGUCGGUCUGCCACGAGGAUCUCCUUCCUCACCGCGGCCCCUGUAUCUCUUCUCCUCCGCCUCUCCGCUGCUGGGGGACACAGACCUGCAUUACCUCGCCACACCGGAGUGUCUUCAGCCGUCCCCAGAUGAUGGGGAAUCCGGGGACUCCCCGCACUUUACAACGCCAAAGUUCUGCCGGAGCACCGGGGACACCGGCUCUGCGUUUCAUUCGCGGCAGGAUGUGCGCAUAGAUGCGGUGUACGACCGCUGCGAUGACCCUUUUCUCAAAUGGAGAGGACGAGGCGCGGCUAACGCUGAGCGCUUUCAGCACCACGGACAGAGACUCCAGCGGGCUCCGGAGCCCCACGGGAACCACUCUGUCGAGCACAUCGACACCGAGUUCAACUCCGAAACCAGGCAAACGGUAGAAGCCAUGCAUCGCCGGCACACCACACUGAGAGAAAAGGGGCGACGCCAGGCAGUGCGGGGCCCGGCCUACAUGUUCAAUGAACGUGGCUCAGCCCUCACUGCAGAGGAGGAGCGUUUUCUGGAUGCUGCAGAAUAUGGAAAUAUUCCUGUAGUCCGCAAAAUGCUGGAAGAGUCCAAAACGCUUAACUAUAAUUGUGUGGACUACAUGGGCCAGAAUGCUUUGCAGCUGGCAGUGGGAAAUGAGCACCUAGAAGUGACCGAGCUGCUUCUAAAGAAGGACGGUUUGGCUAGGAUUGGGGAUGGCUUGCUUUUGGCUAUUUCCAAGGGUUAUGUUAGAAUCGUUGAAGCCAUUCUUGCCCACCCUGCUUUUGGCGGAGGACUCCGACUCGCUUUGAGUCCUCUUGAGCAGGAGAUGCGAGAUGACGACUUUUACGCUUAUGACGAGGACGGAACGCGUUUUUCACAUGACGUCACGCCCAUCAUCUUGGCGGCUCACUGCCUGGAGUAUGAGAUUGUCCACAUCCUUUUGACAAAGGGGGCCCGCAUUGAAAGGCCACAUGACUACUUCUGUAAAUGUACAGAAUGUAUUGAGAAACAGAAGCAAGACUCGUUCAGUCACUCACGCUCCAGGAUGAAUGCAUACAAGGGCCUGGCCAGUGCAGCUUACCUGUCACUCAGCAGUGAAGACCCUGUGCUGACCGCCCUCGAGCUCAGCAAUGAACUGGCAAGACUGGCCAACAUCGAGACAGAGUUUAAGAAUGACUACCGUAAGCUGUCCAUGCAGUGUAAGGACUUUGUGGUGGGUGUGUUGGACCUUUGUCGGAACACAGAGGAAGUGGAGGCCAUAUUGAACGGUGACGUCGACCAGUGCCCUCCAAGCGCCUACAACCGACCCUGCCUCAGCCGAGUCAUCCUGGCCAUCAAGUACGAAGUCAAGAAGUUUGUUGCCCAUCCUAACUGCCAGCAACAGCUGCUGACUAUCUGGUACGAGAACCUGCCCGAUAUGAGGCAGCAGUCUGUUGUAGUGACGUGCUGGACGGUGCUGGGGAUCACCGUAGGUUUGCCGUUCUUGGCCAUUGCCUACUGGAUAAUGCCAUGCAGCAAGCUCGGUCAGAUCCUGCGAAGCCCCUUCAUGAAGUUUGUGGCCCACGCUGUCUCCUUCACCAUCUUCUUGGGUCUGCUUGUUGUCAACGCCUCUGACCGCUUUGAGGGUGUUAAAAACCUGCCCAAUGAGACCAUCACAGAUCACCCUCGACAGGUGUUCAGGGUCAAGACCACCCAGUUUUCCUGGACUGAGAUGUUGAUCAUGAAGUGGGUGUUGGGUAUGAUUUGGUUGGAAUGUAAGGAGAUCUGGAGUGAUGGGCCCAGAGAGUACAUCAUGCACCUGUGGAACGUUCUGGACUUUGGCAUGUUGUCCAUCUUUGUGGCGUCCUACACAGCACGCUUCAUGGCGUUCCUCAAGGCGUCCAAAGCCCAGCAGUAUGUGGACAUGCACGUACCAGAUGAAGACCUUAGCAAUGCUUCACUACCUGACGAAGUCGCCUACUUCACUUUCGCCAGGAACAAAUGGCGCCCCUCAGACCCCCAGAUCAUCUCAGAAGGCCUGUACGCCAUCGCUGUGGUGCUGAGCUUCUCGCGCAUCGCGUACAUCCUUCCAGCCAACGAGAGCUUUGGCCCACUGCAAAUCUCUCUGGGACGCACAGUCAAAGAUAUCUUCAAGUUCAUGGUCAUCUUUAUCAUGGUGUUUGUGGCCUUCAUGAUUGGCAUGUUCAACUUGUACUCGUACUACCUGGGAGCCAAGUACAACCCUGCCUUUACUACGGUGGAGGAAAGUUUUAAAACUCUUUUCUGGUCGAUCUUUGGCCUGUCUGAAGUGAUCUCAGUGGUGCUGAAGUACGACCAUAAGUUCAUAGAGAACAUCGGCUACGUGCUGUACGGAGUCUAUAAUGUCACGAUGGUGGUUGUGCUUCUCAACAUGCUCAUUGCUAUGAUCAACAGCUCGUACCAGGAGAUAGAGGAGGAUGCCGACGUGGAGUGGAAGUUUGCCCGAGCCAAGUUGUGGCUCUCCUACUUUGACGAGGGCCGCACCCUGCCCGCCCCCUUCAACCUGGUUCCCAGCCCAAAGUCCUUCUACUACCUGGUCCUCCGCAUCAAGUCCUGCCUGAUACACCUCUGCAAGGCCAACAGCCGUCGCCAUAACAAUGAGCUAGAGCUGGGCAUGCUCAACUCACAGGCAAAGGAUGAACACUUCAGGACUUAUCCGCGCCCAGGAGAAGAGUUCAUCCCCAAAAAAUCUAUAAAACACCCGACCAGAUACCAGAAAAUCAUGAAGCGCCUGAUCAAGCGGUACGUGCUCAAGGCUCAAGUGGACAGAGAGAGCGAUGAAGUCAAUGAAGGCGAGCUGAAGGAGAUCAAGCAAGACAUUUCCAGCCUCCGUUAUGAGCUCCUGGAGGAGAAAUCUGACGCCGCUGGAGAGCUGGCUGUGCUCAUCCAACAACUUGGCGACAAGUUUGGCAAGAACACCAUGAGACACUGACAGGACUUGCAAGAAGGAGAGAUAGAGAGGGAAGAAAGGAGGGAUGAAGAGGUGAAAGAGUGAGGAGGUGGGGGCAGAGAGCCGGGUCAGGGAAGGUAUUUUUAAGACCGUGAUAGGGAAAGGGGAAAAAAACAAGGAAAGUGGGAUGUUUAUGAGAUAGACAGGGGAGAAAGUGGAGGAAAACACAUGAGAGAAACAAACUGGGCACAGAGGGAAAAUUUGCUAACUUAAAGCAAGAGGCAAGUGUUUGGUAUAUGCAAGGACCAAUUAGGGAUAAGGAAGAUAGCUGUGACUGCAAGGGUCAGAGGUGAAGUCCAUUCACAGGGUGGGUCUUUGUGUUGACAGUUGAAUACUUAUUAAGGGCAACGUCUUCAGGGAGUGAGAGAAGAGAGGAAGAUGCAGGCUCGUAGGCUGGGUGGGAGAUAGAGGAUGGUGAACACAAGAACCAGGUGAUAUGAAGAGGCACCACGGGGCAGAAGACUGAGGGAGCACAGCGACAAGGGCCCCCAUAUUCACCGCCAAGAGACAUUAGUGUAUCACCAACUCGGAAGAGAAGAAGGGAAACCCAGAGAAAGGCAGGAGGGUGAUGGAUUGGGGGGGGGUAAGAAAGAAGGUAUCUGGGGAAAAAAAACCUGCCACUGUUAUUCACACCACAAAGUCUGGCUUUGCUUCUGUGUUCUUUGUUAACUCUGUCAGGGCAAGCACAGUGAUGCCUGUCGAGAUUAUGUACACCCCUUUAUACACCAGGCUAUCUAAUUAAAGCAUUUCCAUCCAUAAUGCACAACUUGUGAUCAGGAAAAAGCGGAGAAACAGUGUAGGAUAUAUGCACUCAUUUGAAAGUCACUAAAGCUCCCUCCAAAAAUGCAGUCAGUGACCUUUGUAUGUCUCCAUAACACACAGUUUGUUGUAUAGACAGUUAGUAUUGCAGCUCCAUGUGAACUGUCGCCAUGAGAUCUUUUGUUAGUAGAAAUCAGAUUUCCAGAGUUCCAAAAAAAAGUGCUGAUAACAUUACUCCAAACAGCAUGUGUUUUACCUCACUCAGAAUUAUUUCAAAUACAAUACACUGAGUAAUCACAUGCUUCCAGAAAGCAUGCAUUAGCAAAUACAGACAGGAAAAACAAAUGUCACAUGAUGCCUCUCCCACUUUGUUUAUAGUUGAGGACUCAUGCAUAUUGGAACAACUUCAAGACAAGAACAAUGAUAGAUAUGUCCUAGAAAACUCUUGUGGAUUAUCUCCUUUCAUUGUGCCUUUGCAGCACUAUUUUCUAAAAUAUUAACCAAAGAGUGACAUGACCCAGAGGAGUUGUGUUUACAGCUGUAAAGUGCAGGAGGUCAGUGCUCAUGAGAAUCACAUGAAGGCAGAAAAACUCUGAUAGCUUUAAGGCAACCAGAUGUUUGUGAGGUGAGAAAAUGUGGGAGAUACAGAGAUAUGGGAUUUUAGAUUUCUGGAACAUGUAAUUAUUUGGAUUGUGCUGCAGAAGCUGUGUGGAGUAAUGUUAUGCUCUUGUUCUUCUUUUGGAAACUCAUUUAACAGAUGGCUGCACUACUGUAGCUAACUGGCUGCGUUACACUUCCCCAGUCAUUCGACUCACAUGGGUGAUAGUUGCAAUGUUGCUUUAACUUUAGUUAUAGAGAAAUGUCAUCGCAAUAUUAAUGUUUGAUAAAGUGCAAAUGCUGCCCAA